CCCAUUCCUCCACAGUUGAUUCUUUGCGAAGGUAUUGUCAUGCAUAUAAAGCCCGAGUAGAAUAUUCCUCCGGAGCGCAGCGCAGGACACAGACUCACACGGCACCGCACGGAGGACGCAGACCGGGCCACACGGGUGGAUUUCUAUCGGGUUUUUUCGUCGCCACGGACCCGUCCAUCCUGUCACAGACUCCCUGGCCACACGAGCAGCGACACAUAGCCGGGGCCGGGACGUUGUUGCCAGGAAACAGGUGGGACCGUUUAAGGUGGAAAAAAACCCCCAACCCUGUGGGCAUCCAGCAACGAAGAAGGCUGCCCUGGAGAUAGUGGUCAUUCUCCCAACUUCCUCCCAAGAGAAGUCGGCGGUGUGUGUCUGUUCUCCAUCCCUGCUGCUGCUACAGAGGGGAAACUAUACUUCUAGAGACCCUGGACCGCCCGAGAGCACCCUUUAACGUUUUAGGGAUUUCUAGGAUCUCUCAAAUAUUAACAUUUUUUGCACACCGAGUGUGUUAUUUCAUCUAUUGUCCUUUUUGGGAUAUACACAGUGAUCCUUUUUUUUUUUGUAUUUUAGUACUUCAAAUGUGCCUUAGUAACUGGUUGUAAUCCAGUGUAACUGUGGCAUUGUUACCAGACCAGAGACGCUCAACUAUAGGGAGAAGACAUCAUCAUCGGCUUUAGAGCCCCAGAGGCAGGAUUACUGGUCCCGUCCCCGUCCCCCCCCCUCUCGCCCCCCCUCCCCCCCCCCACACCUCCACCACCAUCCAAGCGAGCUGCAGCCAUGAGCCAGGCGGAGGUGUCGACGUGCUCCGCGCCGCAGCGGGUUUUCCAGGAGGCGGUGAAGAAGGGCAACACCAAGGAGCUCCACUCGCUGCUGCAGAACAUGACGAACUGUGAGUUCAACGUCAACUCCUUCGGGCCGGAGGGGCAGACGGCCCUGCACCAGUCCGUCAUCGACGGCAACCUGGAGCUGGUGAAGCUGCUGGUGAAGUUCGGCGCGGACAUUCGGCUGGCCAACAGAGAAGGGUGGAGCGCGCUACACAUCGCCGCCUUCGGGGGCCACCAGGACAUUGUGCUAUACCUCAUCACCAAGGCCAAGUACUCCUCUGGCGCCCGGUGAUUCUGUCUCUGCUGUCGGGUAAAGAAAAAACAGACAAAAAAAACAAAAACAAAUAACAACACAAGAAAACAAACAGCAACAAGUUGGAAAAUCAAACUGCAACACACGGGAAAGCCAGGCUCUUUUGAAAGCAACAAAAAAAGCAUGCCAUUAUCUACAUAGUUGUGCCAAAUGAUAUAUAUAUGUAUAUAUGUAUAUAUAUAUGUGUGUAUAUAUAUAUAUAUAUAUAUAUAUAUAUAUAUAUAUAUAUAUAUAUAUAUUAAUAAGAAAAACGGAAAUACAGAACAGGCCUGCACAAUAAUCCUCCUCCACUGUAAACCAAACGGGGCCCUCUCUGCACUCCCGAGUGACGCCGCCGCAUGGUUCGUCCUCGGCACCGCGUCACGCGAAUCUUUUUUUAUCAAAAGAAGAAGAAGAAAAAAAAACGCCAUUUCGGUGAGUUUGUUGGUACUAAAGCUUUCCUCUUGAAUGUGUAUACUAGAUCGUGUCGUCCACUAACGGAGAGGCAGUGUGUGUGCGUGCGUGCGUGCGCGCGUGUGCGCGCGUGUGUGUGUUUGCACUCCGGAGUGCAGAUGGCCCAGUUUUUGUUUUUUUCUGUCCAUGACCUCCCAUCCUCAGUACAGUUGAAUAGUUUCAUUGUGGGGGGGGGUUGGUUGGGGGUGCAGAUUUGACCUGCAGCCCCCCCCCCCCUCAUUGUUCACUUGUAAAAUCCUUUUUUUUAAGUUAUUUUAUAUGAAACACGGCACUUGAUGCUCUACGGCUGCAUUGCUGGAAUAUCUGAAAGGGAAGACACACACACGGACAAGAGGAGGGGGAGGGGGGGGGGGGGGGGGGGGGGGGGUCGCCCUCUGUUGGCCACCAGAGGUCUAUUUUCUGUAUGAAAUGCAUUGAUCUUUUUUUUUUUUUUUACCUAAAGAGCGGCAUUACGGCUAUCCAACACGCUUUCCAGAUGUGUAAUCAUUAUGUAACAACAACUGACUUCAUCAAAAAGUUGUGAAGUACUGUACACAAUAGCUUUACUAUUAUUAUGUUUUUUUCUUCAUUUUUUUUGGUUAAAGAGAGAGACAGUGCGAGCUGAUCUGGGCUCCAUGCUGCAUGGCAUCCCAACUUUUUUUCAGGCCAGUGCGAACAACUUUGUGUUACAAAAAACAAAACAAAAAGAAAAAACAAACAAACCGCUGCUUUCGCUUUGUAUCAAAAAAGAAAAAGAAGAAAAAGUCGCAUUUGGAAAUUCACUUUAUAAUCUCCUUUCAGUAUUUUAUUAACAAUCCUAGUCAUCACUGUGAAAGCAAGCUGGGUUGUUUUUUUAAUUUUAUUUAUGAAGGUACAUUGAGAAGAUGCAUUUUUUUAAAAAAUAUGUUGUGGUUCUUCUUUUUAAAACAACAACAACAGCAACUAAUCUAUGAGUGUGAGAAUAUCUAGGGUGAUUCAAGCUGCUGCAGACUCGUAGUAUAAACUGUCCCGUGUGGAGGUAACCCCCCCCCCCCCCUUAUAGUCUGGUGACCCUCGAGAGGACCUUCUGCCCCCUUCCCCCCCUUCCCCCCUUCUCAUUUAAAGGACUUUGUUUGGUUGUCUUUUGCCAGCUACCUCGACUAUAAAGUAUUCUCAAGUUGUUCAGCUGUCUCACCACUCUGCUUUUGGAGUCUCUCACCAUUUCCGUCUGUGAUCGUCCGCAUGCCAGUCUGUUUAUUUUAUUUUUUUGUUGCUAUGUAGCCUGACAGACAUGAUGGACUCUAGAAGAUGCAUUGAACCCAUCCCUGCAUCCUCCUCAGUCGGGACAGUUUUUUUUUGUUGUUUUUUUUACACUACAACCAAACCAAUUCUCACAAGCAAAGCAUGAUUCUGACUUUCUGCAGAGGGAGUGUGUGGUUCUCUCUUUCUGUCUCUGUCACUGCCGCUGUUGCAUGUUUUCCCUAUAAGCUUCCUCUUUUCUAUCUCUCUCUGUCUCUCUCUCUCUUCAUCAGUCUGUUUUGGUCGUUUUUUUCCAGUCAUACAAAAAAAAUGGAAUUGUUUCGCAUGACUUAUAAAUGCAGGGAGUUUUAUUGCACAAAUAUGCGGAGCCUUGUGCGCCCCCAGUGUUUGUACGGGGUAACUGCAGGAGCCAAGGCUUUGGAAUAGUUACUACUACUGAGCAGGACCCUAAUACUGUUGGACGAUGAAGACUUUAAACACAAAAAUCACAUGACUGUUGCAAGGAUGUCACAGAAAAGGAAGAAAAAAAAUUGGAUCCAUAAACUUGCCAGCUGCGUUUUGAAAGUCAUGGCACCCUAACAUUUUGUAUCAAUGCUGCUUGUAUGUUUCUUUUUUGUUUUGUUAAUGUUGAUGUUAUUUUUUUUUAAGGCCUACUGCUCAAAUGGCCAACAGUUGUGUCGAAAAGCUUCACCUCAUGAGAAGCUGUUGAGAGAGUGUGUGUUGGUUUGUUUUUAAAAAAAAAUUGAAGUGUGGGUGCUUGUGUUCGUGUGCUUCUCAUGAGGUUUCCAACGCCGCUGUGUUAAAAAGAAACAGUCAUCCAGACUGAGAACUUUCCCAUUUUUAUAAAACCCAGAAAACAACCACAAGUAACUGAAGCGACAUAGAUCCACUACAUCAAGGUAAAGAUUGGUAUCAGGCAACACAAUGAAAUAUGCAUCGCUUGUCUUAAACUUGAUGUUUUUCUUUCUUUUUGUUUUGUUUUGUUUGAAUAUUGCACUGAUGACUGUUGUUGAAAAGUUGGCUUUUAUGUGUCGACAUUUUUAAAUUUUUUUCUGAAUAGAAAAAAAAACAAACACAACAAAAUACUAUUGUAUAAAUAUAUGCUCCAGGUGAUAAUGUCCUAAUGUGUGUGUCACUUUGUGGGGGAAAAAAACAUGAUGUUUUUUUUUUUGACAAAGAUGCGUGUAUCUCUGUGAUUGGGUGUAUGUAUAUAUACAUAUGGAUAUAUAUAUAUCAACGCUGAUGAUGAUGAUGAUGAUGAUGAUAUCUUGGGGCACUUUCUUUUCUGAAGUGCUGUCUUCCUGUUUUUUUUGAAAGGGGAAUAAUACAUUUGAUGGUAAGAUCAUUGUAACAUGAUUAAAAAUUGCACGGUUGUGUGGUGGUUGGGCUUACCAGGGUCAUAACAUUUAUGACGUAAGGAGCCGGCUGCCGGAUUGGUGUACAUGAGUGAGAGGAUUUUUUUCUUUUUGAAUAAAAAUUAAAAAAAAGUGCUGACUUCUUUGGACCAAGUUGUGUUUCUGGUCUUGCUUCAUUUCAAGCAAGGGGAAACAGCAGAAUUUUUUUCAUGAGUGAUGCAGAUGUUCCAUCAUGUUGUCAAGUGUUUUUUGUCCGUCUGUUUGUUUGUAUUUUAUUUUUUGAACGUUUGUAACACUGUGAUGAUGACGUGAUGUCAUGUGGAGAUGAGUGCUGUAUUAUUUUUGUACGUUUGUGUACAAGCCAGUAAAGAAAUCAUUAAACUCAAA